UCCUACAGCCUUGUUACUGCCAUUGUAGACGGGCCUUUAAGGAUGAAAUAAUGCUACAAGGAUUGCGAACGUGACUUUAGUAAAUCGAGCCAAUCGAAUUCAAUCAAAGUCAAUUUUCAUGAACUCGUAAAUGAAAAGCAUCCAUGCAUGUGUUCUUCUUCUUCUUUCUUUUAUGGCUGGUUGGGCAUUAGUCGCCCAUACACCAUUGUUUCUUAUGGGUUUGUAAGAUAUAAGCAAAAACUCCUCUUAAGAGAGGAGGAAGUCCAAAAAAAAGGUCCAGACAAAGGACAUACGCAGUACGCAAAAACACGUCCGAACCCGACACGUUGUCAGUCGGAACUGCUCCAUGCAUGUGUAAGAAAAAGGGCGCUGAUUGGAUGAAACAUAUUUAAUAAACCCUCUAUCGUAGAAAAAAAAAAAAAAAAAAAAAAUGGUUGAAAACUUUUCGACUUAUUUUGUCGUCAACAGUAUCGCAUAUACUUGGUUAGUGGCCAUGAAUUAAUUAACAUCCUGUAUAUAUACAUGCGGAUAUACAAUAUUUUAGAUAGAUAAAUUCAUUUCUUCAAGAAGAAAAUUUCGAAGAAAAGGACUAUGAAUACGGGCCAUAGAGCUCAAUGGUGCCGACAGUUCAUUGUCAGUGUCACUACUGGGAGUACAACUUUGAUCAACAAAGUUGCUACUCCGAAUACUCACAUUUGUAAAAUUAAUUCAAGGAGGAGAGAGAGAACGAGAGAGGAAGUGAUCCUUGUCUGCUUACUGAACUAAGGCUUACAUGCAUUUUGUCACUAUGGACAAUUUUCCCAUGCAAAACUAUGAGAAUAAGAUGGAAACAUUUGAGACGUACAAUGAAUCUGCAGCUACCACUGCAAAUCGUCAACGUGAGAUCACUCAAACUCAAUCUGUGAAUAGUCAAACACCUACUCGACAGAUGCAAGUGCAAAAUCAAGAAAAUCGUGAUACAUUGGUGCUACAGCAGCAGCAGCAACAGCACCAGCCGCAUCAAAUGACGCAGAUUCAGUCAAAUGCUCAACAGAGCACAACAUUAACUCCAGUCAGAUUACCUGCUAUAUUAGAUGGAGAAUAUUUUACAGUGACCAGAGUAGAGGAUACCAAUGUUACGGUGCGUUGUCAGCAGUGUCAGAAAUUGUUAAAUGGCAAUCUGAAGUCUACUGGCAAUUUCCUUAGUCAUAUGAAGCGAUUGCAUCCGUCCUUGAUUGAGAAAAUAAGAUGCAAAUCUAAUCAAAGGAAACCGGCAAUGGUAUACAUUGAUUCAAUGUUGCCUGAUAAGUGCUCUGAAAUAGUACGAACGAGACGCGUGGUGUUACAAAAUAAAAAGCGCUGCAAAUCGGAGGAAUGUGUAACUGAAAACGAAGAAUCUUACGAGCACCAAUCUGCGGAUUGGAGCGACACAUCGCUAGUUCGACGACGCUCCGAGGAAACAGAAUCCACGGAUCUGUCUCUAAGAAUACCGCAUAACAAUUCGUUCGUAACGGAAGAUGAGUACGAUGCGAUCGGUCGUAACGUCGCCGCCAAACUUAGAAACAUGAGACUGGACCAAAGAAUAAUAGCCGAGAAAUUAUUGAACGAUAUUUUAUUCGAGGCUCAGCUCGGUAAUCUUCACAGAGAUUCGAGUAUUCAUGUGUGAAAAAGAAAGAUGUGUACCCACACACAUAUAUAUAAAUGUGCUCACAUAGAAUAAUGGGUGACAACUUUCUUCAACAAAGACUGUGUUCUAACUUUAUUGAAAGACAAACGUAUUUUGUAAUUUCUCUAUACAUAUUACGUAGAGGAUUAUAAGAUAUGUAUCUUAUAAUCUUCUACAUGACCAUUUAGAGAAUCAGGUUUGGAUUUUCAGACGAGAAAGAAGAGAUUAUAUAUAUUUUGAAUUCUCAAAAAAUUAAAUAAAAGUAUUUGCAAUUUUUUCCAAGCAGUAGAUAGAGAUAUAAGGAUUUAAAGCUGGACUAAUCACAGGAUAUUUAAAGAAAAGUAUCUUGUGUAUGAUUAAGUAGCUUUAAAUUAUAUUUCAAAAACUAUUACUAAUUAAUUUUUCUGUAGUAUAUUUAAUCGUGAAUUUCGAAACACUAUAUUAUAUAUAUAUGUAUAUAUAAAAGGAAUGUGUAUAUAAUAGGUCCACUUUUUUUAUAUAUAUAAAUGUAUAUAACAUUGUAAAUAUUUUUACAUAUUGUUAAAAAAUAAAACGAGCAUGCUGCCUGAAGUAUUAGAAUGGUGCAAAAGAUGCCAUGGAUUAUUUUUUAUUAAGACUUGCUCUAACUAUAUUAAGCAAAGUCAAGCAUCUAGAAUUUCUAAAAAAAAUCGAAUAUUUUUUCCUUAAUGAUUAUAUUUAAUAGUGAUCUUUUUCAUUAACACAAAUUAUGCAAAUGUGUAUAAUUUGAUUUUUAACUCUUUUUUGACAAAUUUAUGCCAAACCUCUUUUGCACCAAUCUAUAAAUAGUGUGACUGUCUAAAAGUCUUCCUAUACCUAUCAUUAUUCUAUGAAUAAUGUAUGACUACAGUCACAGUUGUAAUAUAUAGCAAUUAUACUUAUAAAUAUACAUUUUAUAAACGA